UUUAGACUUAUUUCGUUUUAAAGUACUCCGUUAAGUAGCGAGCAAGUAAACCCAAAUUCACACAGCGAGGUCCUUCGCAACUCUUCCUUUCGAUCUUUCGUCUGUCUUUGUGAAUCUACGACCAUGGUGCUCGAGGCGACAAUGAUCUGCAUCGAUAACUCUGAAUGGAUGCGAAACGGCGAUUACUCUCCCAACAGGUUUCAAGCUCAAGCCGACGCUGUUAAUCUUAUUUGUGGGGCCAAAACCCAGUCUAAUCCGGAGAACACUGUUGGAGUUCUGACCAUGGCCGGGAAAGGGGUUCGCGUAUUGGUUACUCCUACUAGUGAUCUUGGAAAGAUCUUAGCCUGCAUGCACGGCUUAGAAAUAGGUGGUGAGAUGAACUUGGCAGCAGGGAUCCAGGUGGCUCAAUUGGCUCUCAAGCACCGCCAAAAUAAAAAGCAGCAACAAAGGAUUAUUGUAUUUGCUGGAAGUCCUGUCAAAUAUGACAAGAAGGUAUUGGAGAUGAUAGGAAGGAAGUUAAAAAAGAACAGUGUAGCUCUCGAUAUUGUUGACUUUGGUGAAGAAGAUGAUGGAAAGCCAGAAAAGCUCGAGGGACUUCUUUCUGCUGUUAAUAACAAUGACAGCAGUCACAUUGUUCACGUUCCUUCUGGUUCAAGUGCUCUUUCUGAUGUUCUUAUAAGUACUCCUAUCUUUACUGGGGAUGGCGAAGGUGGCAGUGGUUUUGCGGCAGCGGCGGCAGCAGCUGCAGCUGGUGGUGUAUCUGGUUUUGAUUUUGGUGUGGAUCCAAAUCUGGAUCCUGAACUGGCCCUUGCUCUGCGAGUUUCAAUGGAAGAGGAGAGGGCAAGGCAAGAAGCAGCUGCUAAGAAGGCUGCAGAGGAUGCUGCGAAACAAGAAAAAGGAGGUGAACAACAAUCAACUUCACAAGAUGCAACUAUGGCUGAAAAUGUCAGUGUUGCAGCUUCUGAAGCAGAAAAUAAGACAACUGAUCUAACGGAUGAUGAGAAUGCUCUACUGCAGCAGGCCCUUGCUAUGUCAAUGGAUGACCCUGUUGCUAGUGUUGCUGUGCGAGACACAGAUAUGUCAGAGGCAGCUGCGGAUGAUCAAGACUUGGCUCUCGCUCUUCAAUUGUCAGUGCAGGACAGUACAAAAGAUCAAGCAAGCCAGACAGACAUGAACAAGCUAUUGACAGACCAGUCGUUUGUUUCGUCUAUCCUUGCUUCGCUUCCAGGAGUCGAUCCAAAUGAUCCUUCAGUCAAAGAUUUGCUCGCAUCUAUGCAAAAUCAGUCUGAGUCCCAGCAGAAGAAGAAUGAGGAUAAAGGACCAAACGAGGAGGAGAAGUGAUGCUGCCCUGGGAUUGACAUCUGAUGUCAGGUCAAACAGUUGUUCAUUGUGGCUGAAAUGGUGAUGGUUUUUAUUCAUCUAGAGAGGGCUGUAGAACAGACCAUCCUUGUUUUCAUGGAAGGGGCAAAAUUAAAUGUGAUAUCUGUAGUGUUUCAAUUCAAUUUAUAAGAGUUGUUUCCUUUAAAGUGGUAUUUCAACUCUGUUUUUUAAUGGUACAGUAACUUUUAUGGACAUAGUAAAUAUUCUCUUCGGGUUGGUUUGGGGCUGGGAGAAGGGUUUAUGGUUACAGUAGAUGUCCUUUGAAGGCGUGCAUUGUCCGGUGUAUGGAAAUGCUGCACGGGGUAAUUGGAGGGGAAAGUGGAGGGAACCUCUGACAUUAUUUUUGCCAAAGUGGACUGUGGUUCUCCAUCUUGAACUCCCCAAUCAAAGUUUGUACCAUUGCAUGAUUUCGUUGGCAUCAUUAUUUAAUCUUUUAUGGAACUAAAACAUAAACAUUUGUGUGCACCUCCAUUAAUAAUCUAAUGUGUUCUUUAUGCACUUGAAA